AUUUUUUAAAGUAUGUGCAGUAGUGCAGUCAGCUGAAAGAAGGGAAGUUGGUUGGAACUUUUGACUUUUAAUUCGGAUACAUUAAUUUUCUUUUUCUAUUUGAAUGUCUUGCUAGUUCGGUGAUAGUUAAUGUUAUGAAUUUAUGUUAGUGGAAUCAGUACCAGGACGAACGUAAGUCGGUAAUUUAACGUGAAAUAUGUGGUGUUUUGUAAGUGAAUCCCCAGCCGUGAUUCGAGAGUACCGUGUACCGAAGAACGCACCAGGACAAUACCUGUUUGACAAGGUUUGUGAUGACCUUGGCAUUAUUGAGAAGGAUUACUUCGGCCUCCGGUUCCGUGGCAAGAAGUCUGAACUCCUCUGGCUGAACCUAAGGAACCCGCUUCGCCUGCAACUGAGGGGGAAGUCGCCCCAUCGAUUUAGUCUCCAGGUUAAAUUCUUUGUGUCCCCACAGGAGUUACAGCAGCCAAUGACAAGACAUGUUUACUACCUGACGUUGAAGAAUCGUUUGUUACUAGGACAUUACGUUGUUCAUGAUCAAGAGAAAUUGGAUCUGUUUGCUCUGAUAGCUCAGGCAGAACUUGGCUGUGCUCAACAUGUGGUUCCUACGCAGUACCACACGGUGUUUCCUGCAUUAUUUGAAACAAAACUAUCUGAAUUGGAGAAUGCCCAUCGCAGGUUAGACAUGUAUAUGACCAAAUCUUAUGCAGAGAUUAAGUUCAUCAAUAAGAUUAGCAAACUGACAGGGUAUGGCGUGGAGUACUUCACAGCAGAGUCUUUUGACAAGAAAGACAUUGUUAUCGGAGUGUGCUGUACUGGUCUUCAGGUUCUCUCCAAAGAAAGGCAGCUCAAGCAUAAUAUCAAGUUUGAAGACAUAAGCAGAGUUUCAUAUCACCAGAAUCAGUUCACGGUACAUUACUACCGACCACAUGAAGAAACAAAUGGAGAGGAUGUGCUAGCCUGGCUCAAGUAUCGGUUACCUACCCGAAGGUCGGCGCAGGCCCUGUUCCGCUCAUUUACGGAAUCACACACGUUUUUCAGAUGUGAUACUGUGGAGAGGGUGGUCCGGCAGCAGCAUUCACACAUUGGAUUUGGAUCGUUGCUAGUCUUAGUCAAACCAGACACUCGGUGUGGCAAAAUCUUCCGUUUUGAUGUGUCACGGACCAGACGUCAGGUGCAUGAUUCAGCGUGGCGGUUACUGCACCCUGGGGACGGACAAGAUGUUCCGCAGAUUGCAGAACCAGCAGAAUCGAUUGAGGUGGACUCGCACUUCACGAGUGGAACUAUGAGGAGUACUCACUCUCAGGAGAUCAUGUUGAGCCGGCAACCAUCACGCAGAAAUGGUGUUCAUAUACAGACGCUGAAAAGCCAUCAUGAGGUCAAAGGUGACUCGAGUGAUGACUCUACCCCAGAGAAUACACUCAAAUCUAAGGCAUGCAAACGAGACAGCUCACAUGGAAAACAGGAUGGGCCAUCAACCGAUGCAAAUAUCAUCGCCACGCUACAAGAAAAAAUCAACCAGAUACACGAGGCCAGACUUUGCCAAGUCUGCCUAGACCAAAAUUUCAACACCGUUUUUUGUCCCUGUGGUCACAUGACCUGCUGCGACACGUGUGCUCAAGAGUGUCAGAAGUGCCCGAUGUGCCGAGCCGAAGUUGCCUACGUCCAACGGGUCUUUGUAACAUCUUAGUAGCGAAUGUUGCUUCAUAAAUUUUUAAAUGAUCUACAGAUUUAGACCUGCCUUCUGAGCGUUUUGUCUAUUAGAUGAUAUAAUUUUUGAAUAAUAUGCAUAAAACAUAUCAUAUAUGUAUAUUUAUGCUCAUGAUAAAUUUUAAUCAUGAUUAUCUUUGUAUGCAUUGUAUAUGGAUAAAUGACAUGCAGUAUAUUGAAUAGCAUAUACAGUAUAUGUAAUAUAAUAGCAUAUAUGGACACCUGCAUUUGUGUAUGUAUAAACAAACUUAUUAGGCCUAUGUAAAUUAUCUAUAUUGUAUAUAAAAAAAAAUUCGUUUUUUUUAUGUGUGACAUUUGUCAUCUGUUUAUUGCUAUCUAAUUUCCGUUCUCAAAUAUAAUUUAAUCCCAAAACAAUACAGAUAUUAAUAUUUUUGUGUAUUUUUGUCAUUUUUUUUUUAGAAUAAUGCAGUUCAAAGACAGUAAGUUUAAAGGUCAAUUUAAAGUUAAAGCGGUUGUGAUGUCAUAACUGCCGUUACUUCAUAGAAUUAUUAUUAGCACACUAAAGUAAGUUUCCAAAGCAACCAUCUUAAAGCUUAUGUAAUACAGGAUCACUGAACUUGGCCCUUCUGAUGUUAUCUGAUUGUAAGACCACAUCGUACUUAAAAUGCUUAAGCCAUCACCUUGUUGAAAUUCGUUAAUAUUAUUUAAUUAUUAUUAUUAUUGUGGGUAAUAAUGAGAAAAUAUAAGAGAUGCACUCCUAAUCUUAGAGAAAAAGGGAAAAAAAAUUUGUACCUUAAUAAAUAAAAUGAAAAUUUAUGGUGAUUGCACAAUAUAUUUUGAGCAAUUUAUACAAGCAUUGUUUAAUUAUGUAUCACUCGGUAUCAGACUAAAUAGUGUAUAUAGUUUUUUGUGUAUACUGCCCCCUUGGGGGCUGUAGACACUUUGUCAUCUCACUUGUAAGUUGGGAAAUUAAAUCAGGUUUGAGAGUUCAAAGUUCAAAGAGAAGAAUAAUGUGAUACCAUUACAUCAUAAGUUUAAAGAGAUAAAUUUACAGGCUCCCAAACACAAAUCAAGUCUCCACGUAGAAAGUACUGAAAAAAAUAAAAAACUCAAGCAGCAGAUACAUGCUCCAACUGGGAGUUUAUUUAUUAAUUUUUUUUUAUCUUUUGUUAAAUUUGUUGUUUUAUUCAUCAGCAAACCUAUUUAAUCACUAUAUUAUUACCAUGUUAGGUUAAUACUGUAAUUGAUUUGAGUGUCUAAGAUAAACACUGAAAUACCAUUUGCGCCCUGAUUAUGAACUAAUAUGCCUACACCAAAUACACCAUAAACAAUGGCUCUGCUACUUCUAAAAAAAAAAAAAAGCUCUUAUUGAUAAAUGUUGGUGAGUAUAACACGUAAAGAAAGAAAGCAUUUUUUAUUCAUUUUUAAAAUGAUUACAUUUUCUGUUCUCUUUGAAAGGAACUCAAAAAACAAAUAAAGGUUAAUAAUAAUUGUUUUAAUUCCAAGGAACGAUUUGCGUUUUCAUGACAGCUUGAAUUAAACAUGAUGUAGGUUACUUGCGAAGAUAAGUCUGUAUAUAAAGAAGGAUUUGACGUCAAGUCGUGAGUUGAGAAGUUCAGUGCGUCAUCAGUGUAGGUGGUAUUGAUUGACGCGGACGGUUCACCUGUGUCAUGUGAUCCACCCACCUGUAUCAUGUGAUCAAAGAAAAAUGAGAUAAUUUACAUAAUUAUUUCCUGUAUUGUAUUAAAACAGAAUGCACAGUCUUAAACAUCAGAAAUGAAAAUAAAGUG